UAACGCAGGACAAGAAGGCAGGAGCAGGUGCUCGCGCUUUUCCUUCUCCGAAUCCAUCUGCUUCUACAGAGGAUUUCCCCCUGUUUCUAUCAGCGGCGAGGGCCACUUUUUUGUGUUCUUUGUUUUUUCUAGUUCUGCCACCUCCUGCCUGAGUUAGCGAGUUUCUCGGCGGGGAGUGCCUCCGGAAGAAUGAAGUAGGGGUGCAACCUCACCGUCCGACCAGGGGCGAUGGCGGCGGCGCCGCCAAACGCGAGCAUGGGGCUGCUCAACCUCGGCGGGUGUGGGGUUCUGCUCCCCUCUUUACAGCCAAAUUCUUGGCCGCGUCACGGGUUCUUGGUCCCGAGAAGGGACACCUCGGUGUGUUGGGGCUUGGUGAGAAGAGGCCGGGUUCUCGACCCCGGUUCCGGCGCUGCGGGUGCGUUGGCCAGCGGCGAGGCCGGCGCCGGUUCGUCGGAGCUGCGGCACAUCGAGAAGGAGCUCACUUUUAGCCCCACAUUCACCGACUAUGUGAAGAUGAUGGAGUCGGUGAAGCUGGACAGGAGCAAGAGUUUCCAGGGCGGCGAUUCGGAUGGCCGGAGCCCGAGGAGGAGGUUCGCGGGUGACGGCGAUGCAUCAGCUGGCCGACGAGUGGGUAGGGAGGCAGCUGAUCCAAGGGAUAAACCAUUUGAGAGGAAAAGAGGGGCUCUGAGGGACAGAGGAGGUAGGGGAGAGAGAUCGGCAAUGAAUGACAGUCCUGGAUUGGUGGGCAAACGAAUGGGGCGUGAUGCUGAAAAUGGCAGUGAUGGUCAGAGAAAUGUUCAAGAGUAUGUACAGAGAAGAAUAGUUCGAGGCGAGCGGAGCGAAUUUGGGGGCAGUAUUGAUAACAAUGACAAGCAGUUUGCGUCAUUUGAGAGGAAAAGAGGGGCUCUUAGGGACAGUGGGGGUGUCCAAGGUAGGAGAGAGAGAUCGCCGAUGAAUGAUAGUGCAGAAGAAUUUACAGGAUUGGUGGGGAAACGAAUGGCGCGUGAUGCUGAAGAUAGCGGUAAUGGUCAGGGAAAGGUUGAAGAAUAUGUACAGAGAAGAAUAGUUCGAGGCGAGCGGAGCAAAAUUGGGGUCAGUAACGAUUACAAUGACCGCAGCCAGUUUGCACCAUAUGUCAAGACUAAAGAAAAUAGAGGUAGCAUGGUUGUUCAUGAAUCACCAGGGAACACGCGUGACCAGUCAAAUGCACGGAAGGAUUUACAAGGACGGCCAACUUCUGCUGCAAGUCGUACUUCUGUCACGCGGGAUAGCAGCAUUAUAUUCACCAAUUCUACAAUAAAUAAGGGGAGAGAAGAUUUUACGAAUGCAAGAAGUAGUCCUAGAGAGAGACAAAUUUCCAGUAGCGAGGUCAAUGCUGACAGUAAUUUUCAAAGAUACCAGCAUAGAAAAGAAAGCCCAAGAAGAGAUCUUGUAGACGGUAGGUUUAGAGAUAAUGACAUGGACUAUAGCAAGCCUACUGUAAGUAAAAGAUACAGUAAUACACAUACAGUGUCUGAGAACUAUGGUCGUCGAAGUGAUAGUUUCGAACGUGGAAAACCUGAAACAAUUCGAAUGCAGAGAGGCGAAAAUGUUCAGCCGGGGAAAUUUGUUAGGAGGGAUUCAAUUGAUGAUAGGGCUGCUUUCAAGACUUUUGAGGCAUUCACUGAUGUCAGGAACAGGCCACGGGCUCUUCAAAUGGAAAUAGAAGAAAAAAUUCAGAAAUUAGCUAGCAGGCUCAAUGCUACAGAUGUAAAUACUCCAGAGUGGAAAUUCUCCAAGAUGAUUCAUGAUGCAGAAAUCAAAUUCACCGAUCACUCUAUACUAAGGGUUGUUCAAAUAUUGGGGCGUUAUGGAAACUGGAAACGUGUUUUGCAAGUUGUCGAGUGGCUUCAAUCACGUGAAAGAUUCAAGUCCGACAAGAGCAGGUAUAUUUAUACAACAGUCCUUGAUGUUCUUGGGAAGGCAAAGAGACCUUUCGAGGCGUUGAAUGUAUUUUACACCAUGCUGGAUCAAUUGUCCUCUUAUCCUGACAUUGCGGCCUAUCAUUGUAUUGCCGUUACUCUGGGGCAAGCUGGCCUUGUGAAAGAACUAUUUGAUGUGAUUGAUUGCAUGCGUUCUCCUCCUAGGAAGAAGUUUAUGGUUGGUCAUGUUCAGAAUUGGGAUCCUCGGUUGGAACCAGACCUCAUUGUAUACAAUGCGGUUUUGAAUUCUUGUGUGCAACAAAAGCAAUGGGAAGGGACAUUCUGGGUGCUGCAACAGUUGAAAGAGAAGAAUAUUCGCCCAACAAAUACAACAUAUGGUCUUGUAAUGGAGGCGAUGCUUGUUUGUGGCAAGUAUAACUUGGUGUAUGAGUUCUUCGACAGGGUGAAGCAAAAAUCAAUACCUGGUGCGUUGAACUAUAAAGUUCUCGUAAAUGCGCUUUGGAGAGAAGGAAAGAUUGAUGAAGCAGUCAUGGCUGUGAAGGACAUGGAAAAUCGUGGAAUUGUUGGUUCCGCUAGUCUCUAUUAUGAUCUUGCUCGGUGCCUUUGCAGUGGAGGGCGGUCCAAAGAAGCACUUCUCCAGGUUGAGAAGAUAUGCAAGGUUGCGAAGAAACCACUGGUUGUUACUUACACAGGACUUAUUCAAACUUGCAUAGACAGUGGAAGCAUGGAAAAUGCUAAAUACAUAUUCAACGAAAUGUGCAACUACUGUUCACCUAAUAAUGUUACUUGCAACAUCAUGCUGAAGUCAUACAUAGAUCAUGGAAUGUUUGAAGAUGCAAAAAAUCUACUGGGGAAUAUUCUAAGUGGCAGGAUUCAGAGUAAAGGGGAUUCGGGUCAACAAGCAAUUGCAGACAAGUUUACUUUCAAUACUUUCAUGGACGCUUGUGCUGAAGCAAAAAAGUGGAAUGACUUUGAGUAUGCAUUUCGCAAAAUGUUAUCUAAUGGCUACCAUUUUGAGGAACGAAGGCACCUCCGUAUGGUACUUGAUGCCUACAGGAAUGGGAAGGAACAGCUUCUGGAAGAUGUAUGGGACUACCUGUGUCGUCAUGGCCGGGUUCCACCCGCCCCUAUGAUAAUGGAAAGAUUUUGCCUAAAACUGAGACAAGGUGACACAGCGACAGCACUCUCGUGCAUCACUAGCUUCCAGGAGAGUAAGAUACACACAGUUUCCUCUAUGUCGUGGUUCAACUUGCUAAACCGAAACUCAGAUCGCCUGAAGGAGGAGAGUAUCGUCAAUCUAGUCCAUGAACUCAAGAACGAACUCGCAGCCUCAGGUAGCUCCUGCGGCUCUUUGUACCAAAAUAUUCUCAGUAGUUGUACAGAGUUCCUUUCUGGUGGAAAGACUCCUUCUGAUGGACAUAUACCUUUAUGUAAUUCUUGACUGCUUUGUUAGCCUAUUGUCAGUGGGAACCACUGGUUUGGUUACGACUUCAUGCUCUUUCCGAAUGAAA